AUGUUGACAAACUGGCCUAGUCUAGUUUUCUCAGGGUUUUGGUCGCUGCUUUCGAGUCCCGCUGGAUAUGCGCCAAUAGAGGUUGACUGUCCAGCUGGAUCUUUGGUAAGAAAUUCAUCAACGGGCCUAAAUUCGAACGAAGCUACUUAUAUACAGUCGAGAUACACUAUUGCUAAACAGAAUUUGGGCCAAUAUUUGAAGAGCUCCAACUUACAUGAUUUCGACGUUGAUGCAUUUUUAUCGGUUGCAAACCCUACUAUUGGGGUGGCCUUCUCAGGUGGAGGAUACAGAGCACAACUAGUUGGUGCAGGCGAGUAUGCAGCUUUAGACUCAAGAACUAAUUUGAUUAAUGGGAACAGUUUGGGUGGUGUUUUGCAGCUGUCAAAUUAUAUAUCAGGGCUAUCAGGCGGCGCAUGGUUAGUUGGUUCACUAGUUAGCAAUAAUUUAGUCACAAUUGAUCAAAUAUUGUCCCAGGAUAUCUUGUGGAACACUGUUAACUCGAUAUUGGACUAUUAUGAUAAUCUAGUUGAAGAAUUGGAAAUGUGGAUAGAAAUUGCUUUGCAGGUAGAGUCGAAACAACUUAAUGGAUUUACUAUUAGCAUAACUGACUUUUGGGGAAGAGCCUUGAGCUAUCAGCUCUUGCCAUUUUUUCCUCAAGAGGCAGCCGGUUUCCCCUUUCUGAAUGUGGUGCAAUUGCCUGUAUUUCAAAACUAUUAUAGCCCUUUUCCUAUAUUGGUUGCGGAUGGAAGAGAACCCAAUACUACGAUUGUUAAUCUGAAUAGCACAGUUUUUGAAUUGACUCCAUAUGAAAUUGGAAGUCGUGAUCCUUCUUUGGGAUCUUUUGUUCAAACGAAAUAUUUGGGUACUGAGCUUGAUAAUGGUGUCCCGUCAUCAUCAUCAUCAUCAUCAUCAUCAAGGUGUAUCAAUGGAUUUGACAAUACUGGUUUUUUCAUUGGCACUUCGUCAUCAUUGUUUAAUGACAUAUUAUUAACCAUAGACCAAGAUUAUAUUCCUGAGUUUCUUCAAAAGAUCAUUGAAGAGAUUUUGGUUGAUCCUUUUGAGAAAUUGAACGUGGACGUGGCGCAUUAUAAUCCCAAUCCUUUCUACAAGAGCACGAAUCCAGAUACACCAAUUGCAGAGUCAAAAACGUUAUAUUUGGCCGAUGGAGGUGAAGAUGGUCAAAACGUGCCAUUGUUGCCGUUGUUGCAUAGAAACCUAAGUGUAGUUUUUGCGUUUGAUAAUUCAGCCGAUGAAUUGAAUUGGCCAGACGGUACAGCUUUGAUCCAGACGUAUGAACGUCAAUUUUCAGAACAGGGAAAGGGAAUCGCAUUCCCAUAUGUACCAGGUCAAAGUAGCUUUCUCAAUUUGAACUUGACCGCAAAGCCUACGUUUUUCGGGUGUGAUGCUAAGAAUUUGUCCACUUUAACCGAUGAUAUCUAUGAUGUACCUUUGGUGAUAUAUAUCGCCAACAGACCUUUUACCUUUUGGUCCAACACAUCUACAUUCAAGUUAGAGUAUAGCGUACAGGAGAGGAACAGGAUGAUUCAAAAUGGAUUUGAAGUUGCUUCUAGAUUGAAUGGAACAUUAGACGAUGAAUGGGAGGCAUGUGUUGGUUGUGCAAUCAUUAGAAGAGAACAAGAGAGAAUGAAUUUAACACAGACUGAUCAGUGUAAACAAUGUUUUGAAAAAUAUUGUUGGGAUGGCACUAUCUAUGAUGGUCCUUCCAUUGGUGACAAUUUUGAUGAUGAGGGAAGAACAGUCGGUGCUGGACCCUACAAUCUGUGCGAUAUCCCUGGAGCUUCAAAAGUCCACAAACUGGAGUGA